UUUCCAUUUCCUUGGCUCUUUUGCCGGGCUCUUCCCCCCGUCCCAGCUGCCGGCGCAGGCAGGAUGGCACUGCCCGUCUCGGGGAAGCUGGAGGACAAGCUGCAGUGCUCCAUCUGCCUGGAGCUGUUCAGAGAGCCCGUCACCUUGCCCUGCGGGCACAACUUCUGCAAGUGCUGCAUCAGCGACCACUGGCGCAAGCAAGAGCAGGUGCCCGCCGGGGCCAAGAAGGGCUACACGUGUCCCGUGUGCCGCAGGGACUUCGGGCAGCGCCCGGAGCUGGAGAAGAACAUCACUCUGUGCACCGUGGUGGAGAUGGAACGGGCUGGCGAGGAAGGAGCCUUGGGCACAGAGAAGGGCGAGGUGGCCCACGCUGAGCUGUGCCCGCAGCACGGGCGCCCGCUGGAGCUGUACUGCCGGGACGAGCAGCGCUGCAUCUGCUGCGUAUGCAUCGUCCAGCAGUGCCAGGGGCACCGGCGGGUGCUCUGCGAGGAGGAGCACUCCGAAAAGCAGAACCAUUUGAAAGAGAUCCUGCAAAAAGCCGAGGAGGAAUCACAGAGGAUCGAGCAGGAGAUGCAGGAGCUGGAGGAGCGAACACACCGCAUCAGGGAUGCCUCUGAGAGGCUCAGAUCAGUGGUUCUGAGCAAAUUCGCUGUCCUGAAGAAAGCUCUGGAGGAUCAUCAGUGGCAGACAUCAGCCAGGAUCGAGCAAGAGGAGACAGCAGCACUGGGAUGCGUGGAGGAGAACUGGAACCUCCUGAAGGAUCGCUUGGAUGUCCUAGGCCAGCACAGGGAGAGGGCUCAGCGUCUGCUGGCCUGUCCUGACCAGAGGACCUUCCUCCAGGCGUUCCCCCACCUCCCGCCUCUGGAGAGCUCAGAGGCACUGCCCCCUGUGAGGUUUGAUGUGGACAGCAUUGUGGAGCCCAUCAAUGAGACCCUCACCAACAUUUCCAGGCUACUGCUGGUGGACCUUCCUGGCUCCGUGGCCUCCAGAGCCGCUGACCUUGCUGGCCAAGAUCUGGUGCAUCUCAAGAGGACAGCAGUGAAGGAGGAGGCCUCUGUGCCCAAGUUCCAGCUGCGAGAUGAGCUUCUGAAAGACCAUCGCAACCUGACCUUCGAUCCAGAGACAGCCAACAAGUACCUGGAGCUGUCAAAAGGUAACCGGAAAGCCAAGCACAGCCCCGGAGCUGUCUGCAGGCGCCAGGAGCAGGGACCCCGUUUUGAGCCCUGGCAGGUGCUGUGCACGCAGGGCUACAGCCAUGGCCACCACUACUGGGAGGUGAAGAUCUCCAGCCAUGCUAUUGUCCUGGGGGUGACCUAUCCUGGUCUCCCCUGGCAGCGGCAGCAGGGCCACAAGUUCAACAUCGGGCUGGAUGGGGGCUCCUGGGGGCUGCAGGUGUGGGAUAAUUGCUACCUGGCCUGGCACAAGGGCCAGGCAGAGAAGAUCCAGGAGCGGCUGUAUAAGAACCUGGGGGUCAGCCUGGAUUACAACAACGGGUGUCUAUCCUUCUACGGCCUUGGGGAGGGGGCACAUCUCAUCUACUCCUUCCACAGCAUCUUCACCAAGCCCCUUUAUCCUGUCUUUUGGCUGUGUGAGGGACGAGAGGUGACACUGUGCUGCAGGGACUGAGCUGGAGCUCUCUUGGCUGGGCUGGUGAGCCCCAUGCUGGUGCUGUAGCCAAGCUGCAACCAGGGACUGUCUUGGUGUGGAUGUACAGGCAGGAAUGGGGUGAAGUAUUUUCCCAAGGCCUGAUGAGGACAGGCAUGCAAACUAACCCCCUCUGGUUUGCACAAGCAGAUGCCCUGCUGGUGGCACAAGUGAGGGCAGGGGAAUGGUGAUGAGUGAGAACUGUGUCCAUGAUGUGGGGAUGAAGCCCCUGGUCACUGUGCAUGGGGGUAUUUGUGGGUGCCUGACCCUGCAGACGGGACAAGGGAAGGAGCAGGGACUGAGUGUGCAAGAAUUAGUUUUUACUUUAAUCCUGUCCUGGCCAAACCUUCCAAACCUGGAGAAGAUUUUGGGUGAGGGGGGUCUGGGAGAAGGACACUGGCCAUGAGGUGCAGCCCUGUGCUCCCCCAUAGCCCCACAUGCAGGCAGGUCCUGAUCCCCUAAUUCCUCUCAGUCCCCUCUUGCCUCUCCUAGAUGUAGGAGAGCAUUUUUUUUGGGUGCUGCUGCAGUUGCUCUUUGUAUGAAGCUCCUUGCACUAAUAAAGCUCAAUUGUCCCAGUGA